GCCGCCCUGCCCCUAUAUCAUCCUCGUCGCCCCACUCACUCCCUCGCUCGCCGCUAGCCUCGUCUCGGCUCACACACACCUAGCUUCUCUGUGCGCUUGCUCUUUCUCUCUAUCUCCAUGGAGGCCUCGUCGCCGUCUCGCAGCGACAGCUUCUCCCGUGGCGGCGGAUGGCCCAGGUGGAAGCCGCGGUCGUCCUUCGAGCGCCUGGACGUCGUCGUCGAUGCCGCCGCCACCCUCGGCGAGUCUUUCAGCGGCUCCACGGCGUCCUUCAUUGACAUGGACCCCGAGGAGCUGUUGUUCUCGAUGCGGUGGACGACGUCGGAGGAAGACGGAUUCCACUUCGGCCUGCCGCCGCGCGCGUGCUCCCCGCUGCUGGCCAGCAGCGCCGGCCUCGCGGUCUUCUCCGACGACAGCCUCCUUCACCUUCCCUGCGAGGGCGGCGUCCGUGACGUUAUUGGCGGAUCGUCGUACGCCGACGCCGCGUCGUCGGGGUGCUCGUCGCCGGCGGCGUUCCACACGGCGCACAGCACGCCGGCGUCCGUGAUCAUCUCCGCCUCGCGGUCGCGGCGCCCAGGCGCAGGCGCAGGCGGCGCCAGCAAGCCGCUGCUGGCGACGCGGAGGAUUCUGCUCAGGUACCUGCGCUUCCUCGUGCCACUGUGCCGCAAGGCCAGGGCGCUGCGGCGGCUGCCAGUGCCAGUGCCAGGGCGGGUGUUCUCCGCGCCACGGUCCUCCAGGGCGCUGGCCACGACGCCAGCGCGCCGAUCGACGUCGUCCAGCGCUUCCUCGUCUGGCGCCGCGGAGUACUGGUGCCACGGCAACGCCGACGUCGACGUGCGCGACGCCAUCCUCCACUGCAAGAAGUCGUUGCUGACCGCUCGCACCGAAUGCUGAACAACGCUAAGGGCCGGGACAUGCAAGAAUGGCCUCUUGCAAGAACACUUUUGGUGAAGCGACAUGAUUCAAGAGGAAGAUGAAUAUAAUAAUACUUCGUUAGUCUUUUUUUUCACGUAAUUUUGAUUUCGCAUGUGUGUACAUGCAGUACAGUGGUGAGGAAUUGUGCCCAUGGGAAUUUGAUCUUGUGAGGCGAUUUAGUUUACUGUCUUUGUACAGUAGAGGUACGGCUUUCUCUGUGCUCUGUGCCUCUGUCUUCGCCCUGGCUCUGUGUAACUAUAUGCAUGCAUCGGGCCAGGGCAAAGAGCUGGAACGAUGCAUUAACAGCACAAAUUCGACUAUUAUCUGUUAAACAUCUCAUUUCUUGUAACAAACC